UAACUUCUUUUCUCACUUUGAUCAGAUCCAUCUCUCUCAAUCAAGAUUUCUUUUUCAACAUUGUCUUGCUUCAUCUUCUCAAGCAUCAAGAACACCACCACCCACUGAAACUCAAACUGAAACAGAAACCCCAGAAGUUGAUCUUCAUUGUAGUGGCUGGAUGUGAUUUCCACAGAAGUCGAACCCUAAAAAGGAAAAGAUAAUGUUUACAGAAGGGUUAGACACCAAUGCGGUUAGAUGGGUAAAAGAGGGGUCAAAUAAUCUCAAGAAGGAUGUUCCUUAUUUUGCAUCAAAUCAACGACCUCGAAUUGAUCCCAUUUCUUCGCGAAAUGGGAGCCGUGGGUUUGGGCUGCCGCCGCCUUCGAAAUUCAGUAGUGGGCAUCUACCAGGGGUUGUUCCAAUAUCUCAAGUCUUGCCUGGAGAAGCGACCAAUUCAGGUUCUGAAAACGACAUGUCAACGGAUUCAGACGGAGAGGUGUAUGGUGGACGAUACUCACUAGAUUCAUCAUCUCCUCAGGAUGAUAGAGUUCCUCCUAGUAAUAGGUACUAUGAUCCUGUGCAAAGGCGCCCACAGUAUCACGUGUAUUCUAGUGAUGUCAGCUCUUCGAUUGAAAUAACUGGAGGGAGAGGAAGGGGGAAUGUGGUUGAUAGAUUAAUGAUGAGAGGAACCAAUAAAAACCAUGUGAGAAGUAAUGUUUAUACUGAGGAUGAGUCGGAUGAUUCAAGAGCUAGCUCUGAGUUUUCAACUACACAAAAGAUGCGGGUCAAUGGAGAUAUUCCGUCUAGAAAGGAGGUAGGUGGUCAAAAUGUUCAGAGUGGAAAGGCUUUUGAUGAAGAUAUUCCUAGUGCACCUCCAUUUUUGGGUUCAGUUGGAGAAAACAAGCAAGAAGAACUCUCCCAAUCGUCAAAAGCAAAUCAUACUUCGUUGAGAGCCAAUUCGCGUGAUUUUGCAGCUAAGCUGACUCAUGAGAGGAAGACGCCUAGCAUAGAUCUAAAGGAUAGUCAUAAGCAGGAGAGUUCAAGACCGUCUAAUAGGAACAUUUGUGUCGAAAGCGGUGCUUCGUCUGGAUCUCUUCCUGUUCGUCUUCCCACGUUUCACGCGAGCUCACUUGGGCCUUGGCAUUCUGUGCUCGCAUAUGAUGCAUGUGUUCGGCUUUGCCUACAUGCUUGGGCAAAGGGUUGCAUGGAAGCCCCCAUGUUCUUGGAAAAUGAAUGUGCUUUAUUAAGAAGCACCUUUGGUUUGCAACAAGUAUUACUACAAUCGGAGGAAGAAUUGCUUGUAAAACGUGCUUCAGAAGUUGGCAGUAAAGGAGCUGGUCCAAAACCGAAGAAAAUGGUUGGGAAGAUGAAGGUACAAGUUCGUAAAGUAAGGAUGGCCUUGGAUCCACCUACAGGAUGCAACUUUUCGUCAAUUAAACCACCCAAGGUUAAAUUGGAAUCCAUUCAACGACACUUGUACAGUUUACAAUCCACAUGUUCUUCUGGGUGGCAAGCGGUUCGAAGAAUUCCUUUUACGCCUCGUGUGCCUGUGGAUGGUUCUUUCUCUCGCAAGAGCUUGGCGUACAUGCAAGCAAGCACUCAGUAUGUAAAACAAGUUUCGGGCCUUCUUAAAACCGGUGUCUUAAGCCUACGUCGGACUUCAUUGACCAAUGAAAUUGUGCAAGAAACGUACUCGUGUUUGCUAAGACUUAAAAGUUCAACUGAAGCGGAUACUGUUCGAAUGCAGCCUGGGUCCAGUGAAACCCAUAUAUUUCUGCCAGAUAGCCUUGGAGAUGACUUGAUUAUAGAAGUACAAGAUUCCAAGGGGAAUCAUUACGGCCGUGUUCUAGCCCAAGUGGCUACUAUCUCUGAAGAUCCAAACGACAAAUUACGCUGGUGGUCCAUAUACCAAGAACCUGAGCAUGAGCUUGUUGGCAAGAUUCAACUUUAUAUAAAUUACACAACAAGUUUAGAUGAUACCCUCAAGUGCGGUUCUGUUGCUGAAACGGUGGCAUAUGACAUUGUUAUGGAAGUUUCAUUGAAGGUGCAGAAAGUUCAACAAAGAAAGCUACUGUUGCAUGAUCCAUGGAAAUGGUUACUCACUGAAUUUGCAUCGUAUUAUGGGGUUUCCGAUGCUUAUACUAAACUCAGAUAUCUCUCAUACAUCAUGGAUGUUGCUACCCCAACAGCUGAUUGUCUCUCGCUGGUGUACGACUUGUUGUUACCGGUUAUCAUGAAGGGACACAGCAAGAGCACCCUUAGCCAUCAAGAGAAUAGGAUCUUGGGUGAGGUUGAUGAGCAAAUCGAACAGAUUCUUGCUCUUGUUUUCGAGAACUACAAGUCAUUGGAUGAACAAUCUACAUCUGGCAUAAUGGACGUUUUUAGGCCUGCUACUGGGACUGCGGCACCGGUUUUGGAGCCUGCUGUCAAACUUUAUAAACUCCUGCACGACAUAUUAUCUCCCGAGGCACAGAAUAAAUUAUACAGCUACUUCCAGGCUGCUGCCAAGAAAAGAUCGAGAAGACACUUGACCGAAACUGAUGAAUAUGUUAGUUUCAAUGGUGAAGGCUAUUCGAUGGAUGCUGUUGCCAUUUCUACAGCUUAUCAGAAAAUGAAAUUUCUUUGCUUAAACAUAAGGAACGAGAUUUUUACAGACAUAGAGAUCCAUAAUUGCAAUAUACUCCCAAGUUUUAUCGACCUACCAAAUCUUUCUUCAGCAAUAUACAGUGCAGAACUUUCCGGCAGGCUGCGAGCUUUUCUUGUUGCCUGCCCUCCACCGGGUCCUACUCCUCCUGUUACAGAGCUUGUAAUUGCAACUGCGGACUUUCAAAAGGAUCUUGCUUGCUGGAAUAUCAAUCCUGCCAAAAAUGGAGUUGAUGCAAAAGAAUUGUUCCAUUCAUACAUCAUCAUAUGGAUUGAAGAAAAGCGCUUAUCCCUCCUCGAGACAUGUAAGGUGGAUAAGGUUAAAUGGUCUGGAGUUCGGACGCAGCAUUCGACUACUCCGUUUGUGGAUGAGAUGUAUGAUCGCUUUAAAGAAACUUUGAACGAUUAUGAGAUCAUUAUAAGCCGAUGGCCAGAGUAUACCUUCGCUUUGGAGAAUGCGAUUGCUGACAUUGAAAAGGCAGUAAUUGAAGCCCUAGACAAACAAUAUGCAGACGUGGUGGCACCAUUAAAAGAGAAUAUGACACCAAAGAAGUUUGGAUUGAAGUACGUUCAAAAGCUCGCCAAACGAACCACAAAUCCUUAUGUGGUGCCUCCCGAGCUUGGCAUUCUCUUGAACUCAAUGAAGAGAAUGCUAGAUGUUUUACGCCCAAAGAUCGAACUCCAAUUGAAGUCAUGGGGUUCAUGUUGCAUUCCUGACGAAGGAAACACAGCACCUGGCGAACGGUUAAGUGAAAUCACCGUGAUGCUUAGAUCCAAAUUCCGAAAUUAUCUUCAAGCAGUCGUUGAGAAGCUUUUGGACAAUACAAGAUUACAGAAUGGGACUAAACUCAAGAAAAUUCUACAAGAUUCGAAGGAAUGUGUGGCUGAAUCUGAGAUUCGAAGCAGAAUGCAACCAUUAACAGAGCAGCUUACGAAUACAAUGAAUCAUCUCCACACCAUCUUCGAGACCCAUGUUUUCAUUGCUACGUGUAGAGGAUACUGGGACCGGAUGGGACAAGAUGUUUCGAGUUUUCUUGAGAACAGGAAAGAGAACCGUUCAUGGUACAAAGGUUCAAGAGUUGCGGUUUCUAUUUUGGAUGAUACAUUCGCGUCACAGCUGCAACAAUUGCUUGGGAACACGCUUCAAGAAAAGGACGUUGAACCGCCAAGAUCCAUAGUUGAAGUGCGUUCAAUGCUCUGCAAGGACGCUGCUAGCUACAAGAACGACACUUACUACUAUUAGAAAGAAAGCGUACAUACGAGAAGAAGAUGGGGUUGAAUCAAAGCCAAUUUUGUCAAAUCCUUUGUUAGUAGCAAUUGGUUCCAUUAUGUGAGUGUGGUUACAUACAACAAGUAUAGAAAUAUGAUUUCUAAUUCUA